UGGGCUGUGUUGUGUGCUGUCCGUAAUGCUUCAGGAAGCAGCCCGUCAUGAGGAGAUGCUCAUCGUCUGUGCAUCGGGGACAGAAUUAUUGACUGAGUGCUGAGCAGCCAAGUUAUUGAUUCAAACCCCAGCCCAUUCUCUCCGUCUGCCGCUCACAGGGACUGCCUACAUGCUUCUGGUUCAUUGCAUUUAAUCGGAUUCCCUGAGCUGCCACGCCGAGGGGAAGGGUUAGGAUCAUGUUUGCUUCAAAAUCCAGCUCCGUAUCUCCUUCUCCAUCCAUGGAGCAGGCCGAUUCAGAUGCUCUGGACAUCAGCACCAAAGUGCAGCUGUACGGCGUGCUCUGGAAGAGACCCUUCGGGAGACAGUCGGCCAAAUGGUCCAGGAGGUUCUUCAUUAUUAAGGAAAGUUUCCUGCUCUACUAUGCUGAGAGUGAAAAGAAGAGUUUUGAAAGCAAUAAAUACUUUAAUAUCCACCCUAAGGGUGUCAUACCCCUGGGAGGUUGCAUUGUGGAGCCUAAAGAGGAGCCCAACAUGCCUUAUGCCAUAAAGAUCUCUCACGAAGACUUCCAUGGUAACAUUGUUCUAGCAGCUGAAUCAGAGCCUGAGCAGGCUCAGUGGCUGGAGAUGCUGCAGGAGUCUGGAAAAGUGACCUGGAAGAAUGCCCAGCUGGGAGAAGCCAUGAUUGAGAGCCUGGAAGCCCAAGGACUGCAGCUGGCCAAGGAGAAGCAAGAGUACUUAGAUAAGCUAAUGGAAGAAACAGAAGAGCUGUGUCUGCAGAGGGAGCAGAAAGAGGAACUCGAGCGUCUGAACCAGGUGCUGGAAGCAGAGAAGCAGCAGUUCGAGGAGGUGGUACGGGAGCUGCGACUGGAGCAGGAUCAGAUUAGAAGGGAGCUAGAGCUCACAGCCUGCUCCCUUAAAGGAGUGGAAGAAGAAAAGAAAGAGCUGCGAAGCCUGACAGAGUCCUUACAGAAAACACUAGAGGAGCUCUCGCUGGAAAAGCAGCAAAUGCUGAAGAUGCUGGAAGAAAACGAGAGCCAGCUUCCACCAACUAGCCCCAACAAGGAGCAGAGCACCACCUGGGGACUGCACUGUAGCCUGCAACAGAUUGAAGAGAAGAUGCAGCAGCUUCUGGAAGAGAAACUACUGGCAGAGAAGAGGAUGAAGGAGAACGAGGAGAGGUCGCGAGCACUGGAGGAGGAGCGAGAGUUUUACUCUUCCCAGUCUCAAGCGCUGCAGCACUCGCUCUCGGAGCUGAGUGCGGAGAAGCAACAGACAGAGAGAGACCUCAAGGCUGAGGUGAAGAUGCGCAUGGAUCUGGAGAGGAGACUGAGAGAAGCUGAGAAAGCGCUGCAAAGUUUAGAAAGAGGCUUAAAUUCUCUGGAUUGCAACAAGGAGAAAGAGGAGAAGAUGAAAGCAGAUGUCAGUAACUUGAGAAAGUUCUUUGAAGAGUGCAUCCGCAGCGCAGAGCUGGAGGCCAAGAUGCCUGUGAUCAUGAAGAACUCUGUGUACAUUCACAAGGCUGCCACUCGUCGCAUAAAGAGCUGCCGCUUCCACCACCGGAAAGGCAGCACUUCGUGGAAUGACUUGAAGCAGUCCCAGUCCUUCAUAUUCUCUCACAGAGAAGCUGAAAAUAUUGAGGAACUGAAGGAGGCAGCCAAAAGACUGAGCCGGGACCAGCACUUCAGGGCAACUCUCCAUCGAAUCAUGAGAUCACAAAAGGAUUCUGCUGCAGGGGACGAAAAGUGACUCUUGCUGGAAGGAGGCUUCUAAUCUGAACUUGCCAUUCAGUUCUGCAAAAGUUAUGCUAUCUGCACUAGGGUCAGAAGACAGAGUUGUCCUUUGCUGGGGAAAGUGUGUGUGUAGGCAAGUCCUCCAGGUAGUGGCUUUGCAGUAGUUUGAAUGCUCCCUGUAGCCUAGCAGAUCUUCUCUGCUGACCACUCCUGAUCCGUUUGCUUCAGCUGCUAAUGUUAAGCCAUAUUUUGCCAAGAUACCGUGGUCGGUGUUGAAGGGAAACACAGACCACAGCUUAGGAAGUGCCUCUUCUUGCCUUUCCUGUCUACUAUGUCUGCCAAACACAAGUGCUUCUGAGGAACUCCUCUAUCAAACUAUGCUUCAACUAGUGUAGCAUCCACAGUUAGGACACAGCUUACCUUGCUCUACCUGAUAUCCCCUAGAAAAUGGCUUGCAGCUCACCCUCUGUCAGAGCAUUUUAGCAGGGCACGUUCCCUGACGCGUUCUCUGAAGAC